UCUGAGAGCCGGCGGGACCUGCCUGGCGGCUCGGGCAGGCUCUGCCUCCUUUCUGCUCCUGGCUGGGAGAAUCACAAACCUGCCAGGCGGGUUUGGCCAAAAUCAUGUCUUGCUGCCUGUGCAAGCUCUCUCGCCACUCACUGCUCUCUCUCCCAGUGGACAGCGUGGGGGCUCGGCACAGAGGUCCACGGAGGUCGAGGCAAGGCCAGGGGCCAUGAUGGGCGCAGAGGGACAGUAGAGGCUGCAGGCGUCCCACACCUCCAGCGCAGAGGGGCCACAGGGAGCCAUGGAGAGCUUCAUGGAGUCGCUGAACAGGUUGAAGGAGAUCCACGAGAAGGAAGUCCUGGGCCUGCAGAAUAAGCUUCUGGAACUGAACUCAGAAAGGUGCCGAGAUGCCCAGAGGAUUGAGGAGCUCUUUGCCAAGAACCACCAGCUCCGGGAGCAGCAGAAGACACUGAAGGAGAACCUGCGGGUGCUGGAGAACAGGCUGCGGGCCGGCCUGUGCGACCGCUGCAUGGUCACCCAGGAGCUGGCCAGGAAGCGGCAGCAGGAGUUUGAGAGCGCCCACCUGCACAGCCUGCAGCGAAUCUUCAUCCUCACCAACGAGAUGAACACGCUGAAGGAGGAGAACGAAACCUUGAAGGAGGAGGUGAAGCGGCUUCAGGGGCUGGGAGAUAGGCCCAAGCCCCCAGCCAAGGAGAGCACCUCAGAUCCCCCCUCACCCCUGCUGUUCCCCUCCCCUGGCGGUUGGAAGGCCAUCACAGAGAAGCCACCGGGAGGCCACGAGGAGGCUGAGGAAGACCACCAGGGCAUGGGUCCACGGGGAGAAGAAAAGCCAGCGGGGCACAGGGUAUCUCCAGUGGCCAAAAUCUCCCCAGGUGCCACCCUGCCUGAGCCGCGGGCCCCAGACAUGAGCCCCCAGCGCAUCUCCAACCAGCUGCACGGAACCAUCGCUGUGGUUCGUCCUGGGUCCCAGGCCUGCCCUGCCAACCGUGGCCCCACCAAUGGGACACCCCCACCAGCACUCACUAGAAGCAGCCCACCCAGCCCAGCAUACGAGCGCAGCCUCCCUCUGGACAGCUUCCUGCGGGCCUCCCGGCCCUCCACAGUGACCCACGAGGCCCUCAAGUGCUCCCCAAAGGUGGACCGGCUCUGCCUCCUCAACUGCCCCCUGUCUCUGCACCUUGGGAGCCCCCGCAGCAGCCCCCUGGCCCCUGCUGAAGGCCCCCGAGACCCCCGACUCCAGGACCGGAAGGCCAGAGAAGGAGAGGCCUGGGAGGAGCCCACAGACCUGCUGGGGCUGCCCGGCUCCCUGGCAGGCAUGCAGGACCUUCGCCUGGAGGGGGCGCUGCACCUGCUCCUAGCUCAGCAGCAGCUUCGGGCUCGGGCCAGGGCGGGCAGUGCCAGGCCAAGGGACCAGCCCACACCCAGGGAGACGCUACCCUCCCCACCAGUCGGCUUGGACUCAGAGGGCCCUGAGAGCGAGGGGGCCAGGGCCACUCCAGCCACAGCAGUCCUGCCUGGAGGGCGAUACACACAGCCCGCCAGCCCAGGCCGCGCCCAGAGGACGGAGGCUACAGUCACACAGGACUGUGCCCCAGACAAGCCCCUGGACCUCUCGGAUCGGGGCCGGGGCCGGGAUGCCCCCAAGCCAGCUGGCCAGCCUGGGUCACUCAGCCCUACCACUGCCCACGCUCCUAGCCCCGAGCCACCCACCCAGUCCAGACCCCUGAUUCGCAGCCCUCAGCCACUCAGCAAUGGCACCAAGGGGACCAGAGCACCAGAGCAGGACGAGGCCAGCACUCCCACGGACCCCUCAUGCCCAUUUCCAGGGCCCCAGCUCGGCCUGUCCUCUCUAGGCAGGACAGGAGAUGAAGACACAGGGAGGCCUCAGCCGCCUCCGCACCCACAACCACCUGACCCGGAUGGCCACUCAGUCUGGCAGGCUCGGGAGACUCCCGGGGGGCACCAGUCUGGCCCGACCCACCCCCUGCAUCCUUCAGGACCCAGCAAGGUUGAAGUGCCGAGUCCAGAGUCCGACGAACUAGAGGCAGACACACCAGGCAGCGAGGCUGGCCUGAGCUCCCAGACUGAGGCCACUACGUGCAAGCCCAGGGAGGGGCCCGGGUGCAUCUGCGCCCAGGAGCACAAGCAGGGUCUGCCUCGGAAGAGGAAACGAGCCUCGGAGCCCGAGGACAAAGCCUCCAAAAAGCCUUCCAGAGGGAGAAGGAAACUGACAGCUGCUGAGGGGCCCGCGAGCCCGAGGGACAACGAGGACCACAGUCCCUCCCCCAGCACCAGCCCCUGGGAGGAGACCUAGCCAGCCUGCACUGGCGUCCACAGCAAGCUGGGGCAGCCUCCACCUGCCCAGCAGGGCCUGGAGAGGCCACACCACCCAACCAGCAGACAGCCCCAGGGAGGGGACCCAGCCAGCUCCAACCGGCCCCACAGCAAGACCACCAAGGCCCAGAGAGGCCACACCACCCGACCAGCCGACAGGGACCCAGCCAGCCCAAACUGGCCCCACAGCAAGCCCACCAAGGCCCGGAGAGGCCACACCACCCAACAGGGACCCAGUCAGCCCAAACCGGCCCCACAGCAAGCCCACCACGGCCUGGAGAGGCCACGCCACCCAACCAGCAGGUCAGGAGAGGGGCUGGAGGACCAAGAGGGGUCUCAGGCUGGUGAUUCACCCCUCCACCCUCCUGGGAAAUGCUCUUCGGCCCCUCCCCGAGCCCAGCACCUGCUCCCUGGGAGUGCAGGACCAGGAGGCAGGAUCACUCAGGCCCCACCCCUACUGUGCAUUGCAGCUCUUCCCAGGCAGUGCCCACGCUCUGGGAGGCAAUGGACCACCCGGCCCCCACCCCUGCCCACCAUGCUCUGAGCACAGUCUUGGAUACCCUCUCAUGGGUUCUGGGCAAGUGAGCAGUGAGGGUGGAGGGAGGUGGUAGGCGGCGGAGCCCUCGAAGACAGGGGCCCCUGAAUGCCAGAGAAUAAACCCGUCAAGAACAA